AUGAGCUUUGAUGGUGCAUCAAAUGUAUUGGGGCAUGGGAUCGGAGCAGUCUUAGUGUCAUCUGAAGGGGACCAUUACCCACUCACUGCCAGAUUGAAUUUCUUCUGUACCAAUAAUAUAGCGGAGUAUGAAGCUUGCAUCAUGGGACUUCGUGCAGCUAUCAGGAGGAAAAUCAAAAUUUUAGAGGAAGUGAGAGGUCUGAAAUUAGUCAAGUACCACGAUCUCGUUGCGAAAUUGGUCAAAGAAUUCAAAGAAGUGACUUUUAACUACUUUCCACGAGAAGAGAACCAAUUGGUUGAUGUUCUGGCCACCUUGGCUUCAAUGUUCAAAGCAAACAGAGAAACUGAAAUAAUGCCUAUCCAAAUGAGCAUAUAUGAGACCCCCACAUACUGUUUUAGCAUUGAGGAAGAGUCAGAUGGACGACCAUGGUUCCAUGAUAUCUUGGAGUACAUCAAGAAUCAAAGGUACCCCGAGUAG